UCAGUUUUAUAGGGCGCUUUUACAUUUUAAAUUUGGCCAUUUGAAUAAGUUUUUUAAGGCUUGUUUUUUAGUAUUGUAUGUAUUGUUUCUUUUGUAUUUUAUUUUGGUUGUUCACCACCCUGAGUCCUUUGGGAGAAGGGCGGUAUACAAAUUAAAAUAUUAUUAUUAUUAUUAUUAUUAUUAUUAUUAUUAUUGUUGUUGUUGUUGUUGUUGUUGUUGUUGUUGUUGUUGUUGUUGUUGUAUAUUUUCAGAAAUUUAAAUUGUCACGGGGAAUUUUAUGAAAACCUAAUGGAAAAUUUUUUUAAAAAUGCUAUGAAAAGUUUUUAAAAAGUCAACUCAAUAAAAAAAAAAAAGAAAGUGCUUCGGUAUCGGACAAAACCCUUUCCGCCCACCAUGAAAGCUGGAACGCCCACUAGUGGGCGGUAGAGACCAGGUUGACUACCACUGAUCUAUUUCCUCAUUUUUAACCAUUUCCCUAUUUAAAUUUUAAGUGUAGUACCUGAGAUAACUUCUACCAAUUACUUUUUCCAGAUAUAUACAUAAAGAAGUAACUUGGAUGUAUAUUUGAAUGUCUUUUGUAUCACAUCUUUUAUGUCUCAACCUAUUUUUCUAGAUUUUUCUUUAGAUUUUAAGAUUAACUUUUGGUCUUUGGGCUUUCUAUUAAUAAGAGAUUAACAGAUGCUUCUCAAUGCUGGUGAUGUGUAAUAAGAGUUUUGUCAACUAUUGGGUUCAUUUCCUUCUCUCUAAACAAAGCAAUGGUGUUUAUUUAAAAGAUUCCAUUGAUAUUUAUGUGCUUUUCUUUCCCUUUCAAGCCCCAUCUGCUUUGAUAUGAUUGAAGAAGCUUACAUGACAAAAUGUGGACACAGUUUCUGUUACAAAAGUAUUCAUCAAAGCCUGGAAGAUAACAAGAGAUGUCCCAAAUGUAAUUAUGUUGUGGAUAACAUUGAUCAUUUAUAUCCUAACUUUUUAGUGAAUGAGCUCAUCCUUAAACAGAAGCAAAGAUUUGAAGCAAAGAGAUUCAAAUUGGACCAUUCAGUGAGUAGCACCGUAUGUCCCAAUCUUCUUUCUUUCAUUUGCUUAUUUGGGCGGGUUAAGGGAUGGAGAACAUGUAUUCCUAUGUUCUAAGCAUUUGAGAAUAUCUGUCUGUUUAGCACACAGCUCAAUUAAUCUGUGUAAGCGGAGUGUUAUUUGGGAUUUUCAUUAUACAGUC